AUGUCUGACUCGAACGAGCACUCUUCCAAGGUAAUCAUCAAGCUUCUGGACUCUCAGAAGCUUGUUGGUCAGGAAAAUUGGGAGAAUUGGGCUCAAAAUAUGGAGCAACUGCUGACCGCAGUUAACCUCUGGCCUCUCAUUCAAGAGGCCAUCAAGAAGGACGAUGAGGUCCCCUAUUCGCUCAAGACCUCUGCUGUCGACGUAGAUGGUCAUUCGAGCAAGACUUCUUCCAAGGUCAAAGAUAAGACUGACGAGAAGAAGCCUACCAGCGAGACGUUUUCAAGCUCGCAAAAGGCGAUCGUAUAUCUCUCGAUUACACAAAAUAUCAAGCCGGAAGCGGGUUAUCGCAUUGCCGGCCUGCAUGACCCUGGGAAGGUCUGGACCGCCCUACGUCGUGCCUUUUCUGGUAUGACAAUCGACCAGGUAUCGUCGGUCCUAGACGAUCUAUCUGUGAUUCGAUACUCCGAUCAUGGAGAUGACUUCGUGGCGCGCUACCGCCUUCUGAUGGAUCGUGUGGAGCGCCAGAAGAUCGAUUACUCUGCGAUGAGUCGGAUUUGUAACUUCCGAGCGGCAAUCAGGACUUCUUUUCUGACCCUCCACCGCAAAAUCUCACGGGAUUAUAACCAUGGGAUCUACUCAACGACAGAAAACCUUAUCUAUCAGCUUCAGGAGGAGAUAUACAUCCGCAAGUCGCAGGAUGAGACCUUUGCAACCCAUAUGGGCCGAUCUCCUGCCCCUCCUGCUGUUCCUGCCACUCCUGCCAGUCCUGCGGGCGCCAACAAAUGCAACAAGCAGCGAAAGAAGAACAGGGGCAAAGGAGGCUCCGGAGGCGCUCGGGGACCUGAUCAGAAGGAUCCUGGCGCUUCAAACACUACAGUUGUGUGGUGCUUUGAGUGUGGAGAGCUCAACAAGAAGAAAGGGCACGAUGGCUGCAACCAACGUAUCUUGAAGCAGGUGUUGCAAGCUGCUUUAAAGGGAGCUGCGAACAGCUCUUCUAGGGGAUCAUCUGGUGCUGGCGGUACUACUCCCGCUACUCACUGGUACCGUGAGACUUCUGCGGCUGCAGGAGACCAUAGUGUCGCUCCUACAAGAACUACGAGCAACAUCACGUGUCCCCUUCCAACCUGA